GGUCGCGAUGCAAUGGCUUUAAAUUUGGCGCAUCUGCGUCAGAUUGCACCACUCUCACGAUGAACGGCUGCUAUAACACAAUAAAAUACACGGGCCUGGUCUCCAAUCUACUCUAUAUGCUACUGGGCAUAGGAGUGAUGGCUGGAGCGGGACUAGGACUGCAGAUGGCUGAGCCCAACACGCCGGAGCACACGUAUUUUGUCAAGAGUUUGGUAUUGGGUGGCACCAUUUGUAUGAUCGUGAUCUUCGGAUGCUAUGGCAUGGUCGCCAACUUGCUUUGCGUCAAUCUGAUUUUCACCAUGUUCAUACUGAUUGCCCUGGCAGCGGAGUACCUUCAGCUGCACCACUAUCACAGUCCGACCCUCAGGAGCUCUGGUGGCGCCUGGCAGCAGCUGGAACUGGCUUGGCAUAAUCUGGACAGCGAACCCGAGCGUAUGCAUCAGUACGAGGUCUCCCAUCACUGCUGCGGCUACAACGGUGCCGACGAUUACAAGCGCCUGCAUCUGCUGGUGCCAGCGAGUUGUUAUCAAGCCACUGUUAAUGACACCGCCCAGCAGAUCUAUCCAAGCAGCUGUCUAGAGACGCUGAACCGCAGUCAGCGGUACAUCCAGCAGCGCGAUAAGCUCUACAUGUGGGCCAUCGUUGGCCUUGAGAUCUUCAUACUGCUGCAAACUGUGGCGUUGAGUGUGCUGCUCUUCAGGCUGCGACAGCGACACCGCAUCGCACGAAGACAGGUCCGCCUCUCGAGCGCACUUACUCCACGACGCCUGACUUAA